CCGAAAAGUGCCGUGACCUCACCUUCCAAGUUUCCUGAGGUUUUGUAAAACAUGGCUGAGGAGAUUCCUUCGGAUGGAGAUGCAAUAAAGCAAGAAACUGCAUCAUAUAGUCAUCCAGCAGUGGCAGUGGGUUCCAAUGAAAUCAAAGAAGAUACAAGCAGCAAAGAGGAUGGAACUAAGACAGUACCACUUUACAAACUUUUCUCUUUUGCUGAUUCCAUAGAUUACCUGCUAAUGAUUGUUGGAACAAUCAGCGCUAUUGGUAAUGGACUCUGUAUGCCGAUGCUGGCCAUAAUCUUCGGGGAUCUAAUUGAUUCUUUUACAGAGACUGGGACUAAUAAAAGAGUGGCCAAUGCAGUUUCCAAGGUAGCUCUGGAGUAUGUUUAUUUGGCCCUUGGGACUGCUGCUGCUGCAUUUUUACAGAUGUCUUGCUGGAUGGUCACUGGAGAGAGGCAGGCAGCACGAAUACGAAGUUUAUACUUGAAGACCAUACUGAGGCAAGAUGUCAGUUUUUUUGAUAAAGAAAUUAACUCAGGGGAAAUUGUUGGGAGGAUGUCAGGUGAUACUGUGCUCAUUAAAGAGGCGAUGGGUGAGAAGGUAGGAACUUUUAUCCAAAUAGUUGCUACAUUCAUAGGCAGCUAUGUAAUAGCACUUUUCAAGGGAUGGCUUCUUACCCUUGUCAUGCUAUCCUCUAUUCCCCCUCUUGUUUUCUCUGGUGCUGUAAUGAACCAUUUCGUAGUGAAAUUGGCAUCGAAUGGACAAGCUGCAUAUUCAGGAGGAGCAACCCUUGUGGAUGAGACAAUUGGCUCUAUCAGAACUGUUGCAUCAUAUACAGGGGAGAAGCAAGCUAUAUCUAAGUACAAUAACUCUUUGAAUAAAGCUUACAAGUCCGGUGUGCAUGAGGGUUCGGCAUCUGGUUUGGGUGCUGGUGUACUUAUGCUUAUGUUAUUCUGUACUUACGCUUUGGCUUCAUGGUAUGGUGGAAUAUUGAUUCUUGAAAAAGGAUAUAAAGGAGGAGAAGUCAUGGUAGUAAUUUUUGCCGUGUUAAUUGGCUCCAUGUCUCUCGGGAAAGCAUCUCCUUGCAUCAGUGCAUUUGCUUCUGGACAAGCUGCAGCUUUUAAGAUGUUUGAGACAAUUAAGAGAAAACCUGAGAUAGAUACAUAUGAUACUACUGGUACGGUAUUACAAGAUAUUUGUGGAGACAUAGAACUGAGGAAUGUUUAUUUUAGUUAUCCCACAAGACCAGACGAGCAAAUAUUCCAUGGAUUUUGUCUCUCAAUACCUAGUGGUGCAACUGCUGCUUUGGUUGGAGAAAGCGGAAGUGGUAAAUCAACUGUAAUCAGUUUGAUCGAGAGAUUUUAUGACCCCCAGGCAGGUGAAGUUCUCAUUGAUGGUGUUAAUAUUAAAGAGUUCCAACUAAAAUGGAUCAGACAGAAAAUAGGUCUUGUCAGCCAGGAACCAGUUUUGUUUACGGGUAGCAUUAAAGAUAAUAUCGCAUUUGGAAAGGACGGUGCUACUACUGAAGAGAUAACAGCUGCUGCUGAGCUUUCUAAUGCUGCUAAAUUCAUAGCUUUAUUACCUCAGGGAAUAGAUACAAUGGUUGGUGAGCAUGGAACUCAGCUAUCUGGGGGACAAAAACAAAGAGUUGCUAUAGCUAGAGCAAUUGUGAAGAACCCAAGCAUUCUGCUGUUAGAUGAAGCAACAAGCGCUCUUGACACAGAAUCUGAAAGAAUUGUGCAGGAGGCACUGGACCGAGUAAUGAUUAACCGGACCACUGUCAUAGUAGCCCACCGCUUGAGCACAGUACGGAAUGCUGACACCAUUGCUGUGAUACAUCAAGGAACAAUUGCUGAGGAAGGACCACAUUCUGAGCUAAUCAAGGAUCCCAAGGGAGCGUAUAGCAGGCUUGUAAGGUUGCAAGAAACUACUUCCGUUUCAGAUGACUCUGAACAUGCUGGUCUAAAUUUUGAUAAAUCAACUCCAAGAAGUACUAGUCCUAUCUCAUUAUCCCCUAUCUCAUAUGGUAUUCCUACUGCAAGCGGUAUUCUUGAAACAAUGCAUGUAGAACCUGAUAUUCCUGCUUCAAUACCAUCAAAAGGGUCCCCUGGAGUCUCUCUUGGCCGCCUUGCUUACCUUAACAAGCCUGAGAUACCAGUACUACUUCUAGGCAGUAUACUUGCAGCAAUCAAUGGGGUAAUUUUCCCUAUUUAUGGUAGUUUGUUGUCAAGUGUGAUCAAGACCUUCUUUGAGCCACCUCAUGAACUCCGCAAGCAUUCAAAGUUUUGGGCCUCGAUCUUUGUUGUUCUAGGAGUGAUAUCUUUCUUGGCACAAUCAUCAAGAUCAUACUUUUUUGCCGUGGCGGGUGGCAGGUUGAUAAGAAGAGUCCGAGCAAUGUGCUUUGAGAAAGUGGUUUACAUGGAAGUAAGUUGGUUUGAUGAACAUGAGCACUCAAGUGGUGCAAUUGGGGCAAGGCUUUCUACAGAUGCAGCCUCUUUGAGAGGUCUUGUUGGAGAUGCUCUUGGCUUGUUAGUCCAGAAUAUAGCAACUGCAGUUGCGGGAAUGAGUAUUGCAUUUGGUGCAAGUUGGCAAAUUGCUCUUGUAACCGUUGUUCUGUUACCUCUAUUAGGAGUGAACGGAUAUAUUCAAGUCCAGUACAUGAAAGGAUUCAGUGCACAUGCAAAGAAAGUUUACGAGGACGCAAGCCAAAUAGCUAGUGAUGCUGUGGGGAGUAUUCGAACAAUUGCUUCCUUCUGUGCUGAAGAGAAGAUGGUUGAGUUGUACAAGAAAAGAUGUGAAGGCCCUAUCAAGACAGGGAUACAACUAGGUUUAGUUACUGGGAUAGGUUUUGGUGUAUCACUCUUUUUACAGUUUUCAUCAUUUGCCUUAAUUUUCUAUGCUGGUGGUCUACUUGUUGAAGCAGACAAAACAACAUUCACUGAUGUUUUCCAGGCUUUCUUUGCUCUCUCUCUUGCUUCUCUUGCAAUGGCUCAGUCGAGUACUGUAGCACCUGAUAUUAAUAAAGCAAUGAGCUCUGCUGCUUCUAUAUUCGCAAUUCUUGAAACGAAAUCGAAAAUAGACUCUAGUGAUAACUCAGGCACAGUAAUAGAGAAUGUGAAGGGAGAAAUUGAAUUUCACCAUGUCAGUUUCAAUUAUCCUAGUAGACCUAACGUGCCGGUUCUAAACAAUCUUUGCUUAACCAUUAGUCAUGGCAAGACAAUUGCUCUGGUUGGUGAAAGUGGAAGUGGGAAAUCUACAGUGGUCUCUUUGAUCCAGAGAUUUUACAACCCCAGCUCCGGUCACAUUACAUUGGAUGGAAUCGAAAUCCAUAAACUACGGUUGAAGUGGUUGAGACAACAAAUGGGGCUGGUGAGCCAGGAGCCUCUGCUGUUUAAUGACACUAUUCGAGCCAACAUUGCAUAUGGAAAGGAAGGAGAGGUAACUGAGGCUGAAAUUAUAGCUGCUGCAGAAAUGGCAAAUGCACAUAAGUUUAUUAGUAGUUUACAACAUGGUUAUGAUACAGUUACUGGAGAGCGAGGGGUGCAGCUAUCUGGUGGACAGAAGCAAAGAGUUGCUAUUGCAAGAGCUAUCAUGAAGGCACCAAAGAUAUUAUUACUAGAUGAAGCAACAAGUGCCCUUGAUGCUGAAUCAGAACGAGUGGUUCAAGAUGCAUUGGACCAAGUUAUGGUGGAUCGAACAACAAUCAUAGUUGCUCACCGGUUAUCCACCAUCAAAGGUGCAGAUCUAAUUGGUGUGAUGAAAAAUGGAGUUGUUGCAGAAAAAGGAAAUCAUGAAACUUUGAUGAGUAUCAGCAAUGGCAUUUAUGCUUCUUUGGUAGCAUUGCAUGCAAGUGUCUCAUCUUAAAGAACUUCCCAUUAAGUGAAAUAAUGCAAUCAUGGAUGCUCAUCGGAUAUCCACAAUCAAAGGUGCAGAUCUAAUUGCUUCGUGAAAAUGGAAUCGUUGCAAAGAAAGUUGGAAAGAUGAUGAACAUCAGGAAAUCAGGAAUGGCAUUUAUG